AUGGUGGUAGUGCACCAAUCCCCUCAUGUACUCAUCUUCCCUUUCCCAGCACAAGGCCAUGUGAAUUCAAUGCCCAAGCUUGCUGAGCUUUUGGCACUUGCAAGCCUAAGGGUCACCUUCCUAAACUCCGAGUACAACCAUGAAAGUCUCGUUCGUCACACCGAUAUUCUUUCCCGUUUUGCUCAAUAUCCAGGGUUCAAAUUCGAGACGAUACCGGAUGGUCUUUCCCAAGAUCAUCCUCGUGUAGGCUUUGCCAUGAAGGAUAUGUUUGCGAGCUUGGAAUUGAUAACCAAGCCAAUUUUCAAACAAAUGUUGUUUGAGAUUAACCCACCUCCGGAUUGUAUCAUAGGAGAUGGUGUUUUAGGGCUUACCUUUGAUGUUGCUAACGAGCUUGGGAUCCCCAUUAUUCCAUUUCGUACCAUUAGUGCUGGUUGCGUAUGGGUUUUUUCCUCUAUUUUUGAUAUGAUCCAAGCAGGAGAGCUUCCAAUUAAAGGUAAUCAAGACAUGGAUUGCUUGAUAACAAGUGUAGCAGGCAUGGAAACUUUUCUUAGAUUCCGAGACCUUCCUAGCUUCAGCCAAGUUAGUGAUGUAAAGGACCCACUUCUACAACUUAUGGCCCGAGAAACAAGCAAAAAUUUCAAGGCCAAUGGACUCAUUUUAAACACUUUCGAAGAGCUAGAAGGAGCUACAUUAUCUCAAAUGCGGAACAAGUCCAAGUGUCCCAAAAUCUACACCAUUGGACCUCUCCAUGAGCAUCUAAAGGCAAGACUUGCCGACACGAAUCGGACAUUGUUGGAUCGAUCCUCGAAUAGUUUUAGGGAAGCUGAUCGGAGUUGCAUCUCAUGGCUUGAUAAGCAACCAAAGGGAUCUGUUGUUUAUGUAAGUUUCGGUAGCAUUGCAGUUUUGCCGAGGGAGAAACUCAUGGAGUUUUGGUUUGGGCUUGUCAAUAGUGGAAAGAGGUUCUUGUGGGUCUUAAGGCCCGAGAAUGUGCCUAGAAACGACGGGGAAUGUGACGGUGUACCAACGGAGCUCGUGGAAGGGACAAAAGAAAGAGGGUACAUAGUGGAUUGGGCUCCACAGGAAGAUGUCUUGUCCCAUGGGGCAAUCGGUGGGUUUUUGACUCAUAGCGGAUGGAAUUCGACUUUGGAGAGCGUGACAGCGGGGGUGCCCAUGAUUUGUUGGCCUUGCUUUGGUGACCAACAAUUGAACAGUAGGUUUGUGGAAGAAGUCUGGAAAUUAGGAUUAGAUAUGAAGGAUGUGUGUGAUAGAAGAGUUGUGGAGCAAAUGGUGAAUGAUUUAAUGGUAGAAAAAAGGGAGGAGAUUUUGAAAUCAGCUGCUGAAUUUGCUAAAUUGGCUAAAGGAUCUGUGAAUGUUGGUGGGUCUUCGUAUUGUAAUUUGGACUGUCUAAUUGAGGACAUAAGAAUGAUGAAUAAAAAUUGUUAAAAAUUUUGA